AUGGACUUUUCUUUGGACGAAGAACUUCUCGUAAUAGCAAGUAUCGCAGAUGAGGAAGAGAAAAGAGAAAAAAAACGUUUAUGGGUUCAUAACAUAAAUUUAAAAAGAGACGAGCACGGAGAAUUUCAUACAUUAUUUCCAGACCUUCUUCAGGAUGAAGCCAAAUUUUUUAAAUAUUUCCGGAUGAGUUCGCAAAAAUUUUUUGAACUGCUUAACAUGCUGCCGCAACUACAAAAGCAAGAUACAAAUUUUAGACGUUGUAUUCCUCCGGAUGAAAGAUUAGCAAUCACCCUAAAGUAA